AGCAGUAAGACGCGAACGCAUUUUGCUGAUCGCGAGCGAGAGAAAAAAUCCAAGAUCAAUCCAAGGCAUAUAUCUAAAUAAUCCUUUCUAAUAUCUGUAUAAUAUAUAUAUAUUAUGCUGUAGACCUAUUAUUUGAUUAUAUUGGGUUGUUUUUAUAACGAGAUUGCGAUAUUAACAUUGACGAUUUCUGAUUCGAACCCCUGUAAAUCCAUGCGGUUAUCAAACAUAUAAUACACCCGGAUUUGGUCAGGUUUUUUUGUGCGAUUGGAUGAACCCUUUGACAUCGAGAUGGCGAGCCUACCCACCCGAACCACAGUGAUUUGAGAGAAACGCAAACGGAAGAUUCCGGUAGUGCUUUCAACUAAACAGGUGGAAUCCGUUUUUUUUUCAUUGUACAUUCUGAUCGGAAGGAUCAGAUUCUUUUCCCGACGUGGAUCCUUUUGCACUAUUGACUUCAGUAAAGUGGUAAGGGAAAGAGUGUCUUCCGCUUCUCAGGGAACCGAAGAUAAGACAGUAAACAGAGUCGUUUUUCAUGCACAGGGGUUUAUUUUUAUGCACAGAGGGUUUUCCAUGUACAAGAGGGUAUUUUUAUUCACAAAGGUUUUUUUUUAUAAUGAACAAAGGGUUUUCCAUGUACAAGAGGGUAUUUUUAUACACAAAGGGUUUUUUUUCAUGCACAAAGGGUUUUCCAUGCACAAGGGGUUUUGAUGUCGUGGUCAGAUGAUGGCAGUAGACAGGAGACAGUCAAACAGUCUCUAAACCUCAUCAUGGACGGAUCUAUUGAAGCGGUUGUGCUUGUUGACCCACAGAUGUUUCAGUUUUGGAUCGUGUAGGUAUCGCUCAUGCAGCUGCUGUCUUUCCAGUAACAUCUUCUCUUUUCUUCUUUUCUUCUCGUCUCUUUUCCUGAUCUUUUGCUCAACCCAUUCGCGGAGAGAAGAGGAAGUCUUCAGUUGCUGAGUCUAUGUCUUGGGUCGACAGGAAGGAUUGACAUGGAACAACCUUGUCUUUCGAUCCCUUGGUUUCUGAGGGGCAACGUCUGUUUCCAUCUUUGAGGAAGAGGGAUAUGACUCUGUGUCGUUCUCAUGUGUAUCAGUGAUGUCUUGAACCUUGUCCAUCUGGAUGGGAGGCACUGGCUUCUGGUCUUCACUGUCAUUCUCCAUCCAACACUUCCCUAUAGCUUUCAGAUGCAUUAUCCCAACCACCAGCGCUUUAUGAUGUGAAGUCUUCAUCUCACCGGGACCGAUCGUCCUCCCAGUGUACUUCACAUACUCAUUUUCAAUUUCAAUAUCCUCUAGGUCAAACAGUAAGGUGGAUGAAGAACGUGGAAGGAUUUGGAUGCGAUGAUCUACUUGAAUCAUCAGUUCCUGUUCCUCUGACGGCUGAAAGGGUUUUGCAAGCCCUGUGAUCGAACCCACAACCUUGCGUUGUUAACGCAAUGCUCUUACCACUGAGCUACAGGAAGGCAGAUACAUCACUUCAUCUGAUACCGCGGUUGGGUUUUCACGAACCAGCAGCGGUGCUUUCACAGAUGGUAGUGUUUGCAUCCCGCCAGCUGGUGCCACUGACUCUGGAAAGAUCCUGUCACCCAGAGACGACUCUUCAAUCGUAGGCAGGGGUUGGAAGUGUCGUGAGGUUCGGUAAAAACGUACUGGCUCCCCUGCUGAUAGCUGAGGUCUGAACAUAGGUCUGAUCUUAUCAGCGGGUAGAGUGGAGGUUGGAAGGACCUGGUAAAACAUCACUGGUCCGGCCGAUGGCAGGGCUUUAAUUUCAGUGAAUGGUGGAGUUGGAGGGUCAGAUGCCUCUUUAACCAAUAUUGGCUCUGGCAAUGAUGGCAUCUUUAGGAGACUGCUCAUCUCUUUCUUCUCUUCAUUCUCAGAACUUUCCUCAUUUUCACUUGUGUCCUCUAUCUCGUUACACUUGUCUGCGCCACUCUGUAGAACAUGAUGAGAUCAAUAAGACAGUGAUAGCAAAUCUUUAAAAAAAACGAUUCCCCUCAUAAGACGAGUUUUUACGGUAAUCGGUGUUUAUACAGCAGGUGGAGCUGUUACACACCUUUGGGGAAAAGUACAGAAUCGCAGAACCUAAAACGUAUAUUUCUUAUCGGUUUUUAAUGAUUGUUCUGAGUGUAAACUGGGCGGAAUCUUUGACAAAUAACGUUAAUUAUCUCAGCUGUUUAAUCAAAGUGAUGCAUUUUUGAAGAAACCUACCCACAUCUAAGUAGUAACAAAAAAAUGAAGAUAGAAGAAUAUGGGUUCCUUUGUUUAAAAGCAGAGACUCUGUUCUUUCAUUUGACAUAUUGUUUGUCCAUAUAUUCUUUAUGUACUGUGAGCCAUUAAAGUUAAGUGAAAAUGUUAAAAAGUGCUGGCGGAGGCUGGCAACUUUUGUUUUAAAAGUCUGGCGAGGAAAUAGUUAAGGACAAUCGCAUUUUAUUUUUUAGCUUUUGUCGGUUAAAAAAGACGCUGAAAAUCUAAACCUGCAAUCAUGACUAAAAACAGCGUCUCGGCCAGCAGUAGCAUAUCGAGCCGAUAUUGUGUAGUAUGAUGUGAUAAUGUAUGUUACAUACUACAAUAAAUAUCCCAAGUGAAGCAAUUUAAUAAAUAAAAUAAACAGGUACAAUUUAAUAUUAAAUUGUGACAAGAAACGUAAAGUGUUGUUGCACUUUAGUUACACACACUGAAGUUACUGACAUUAUCGUUACAUUAAACGCUUAAUUGCUUCACGAGCCCGAUGAGAUAAAUCAAUAAAGAUUAUGUAUUUAAGAUGUCCUAAACAUUUCAGUAAUGGUUUCCUUAUUGUCAAAUGUAAGACAACAUUCAGGUUUGUGAUGCUAAAAUCAAAUAAAUCUCUUACCGCUGCAUCUUUAAACGAUUCCUCCUCAUCCAAUUCAGUCGAUACUUGAUCUGACAAGCAGAAAGAGAAAAGACACCGGAGCAAGUCGAUAAAAUCGCUGAACAGAGACAUCUUUAAACGCUAAAUGUCGAGAAGUAAACUUGAAGUCCGUUUAUAACUCGCUAAAAACGUCUUCGUUCGAGUGCUGACGUUGGUCUAUCAUGUUGCUAGGUUACCUUUGGGACGAUGUUUUUUUCGAACAAUAACAUUUGGCCCAAACCUAACUUAUUUGACUCCGGAAGGAAUCCGUUGAGUAGUUUUAAUUGAAUUGUAUACAUUUACAAUAAAAUAUAAUAAGAAAACAACUUAUGACAAAAAUAAAUCAAUACUGCUGUAAAAAAAAAUAGUUGUAAACACGGCCAGGAAAUUUGCUUCGAGCCAGAGUUAUGUAAACUAGCCAUGUGAAAAAAUGAUUUAUAAUAUAUAUCCAUAAUAAUAAUAAUGUUAAUUAUUCUAUAGUUUUAUAGCAUUUUUAAAUAGUAAUUCUAUAAAAAAAUAAAUGCGCCAUUCAGGCUUCACUAAUCAUACUGAAGAUGAAAAAACAUAUUAUAUGUCAUUAUUUAUAUCCAUUGGCACUCAUUCUAUUAUUCAUAUUUUUUAUUUUUAGUUCUGUAUGUAUAAUGACAUAACUGUAUACGAAAGUGUAUUUUUCAAGUUGCUUUAAUAAAAAAAACAUGAUUAUGUAAUUGUCUUUAGCGCAUGCGCGCUGUGAAGUUGGAAACUGAUAUUUUUACCCUCUGGCUUCUUCUCAACGGAUAUUUAAACCAAAAGAUAAACUUGUAAGUUUCUGCAGGUCAACAGGCACUUGCAACAGCAAGGUCAUAGGUUGGAUUCAAAGAGAAUGGACAUGAAAUGUAAAAUAAAAAAGCAUCUGUCAGAUGUGUAAAUGUCAAUUAAAUGAUGUAUGAAUGUAAUACAAUAAAUAAAUUAGCUAUAUAACUAUAGAUCGUUUCAUUAGAUACACAAAGUUAACUUUGGGUCUGUGUCGGAUUAUAAUAUACAAUUUAAUUUAGAUUCAUAUUGUUUAUUUGUAUUAAAUUCAAUUAAAACUACUAAUAAAACCAGUUAUUUAAUCUUUGUGGAGGUCUACCGGAAGUUUAUGUAGUUGCCGCUAAAACAUACACAGUAAUAAUUACAUUUCAAACUGUUCACUUUUCAUUUGACAAAUUGUAACCUUUAAAACAUUGAAAACGUUAAAGAAAGAGAAGAUGUGAUAAAAAUAAAAGGACAAUAAUGGAUUGUAACUAUGUAUUUAAUCAUUGUGCAUAUAUGGAAUAUAUUUUUAAAAAUAAGCUUUGAUGAAAUGUUUGACAUUUUUUACUCAUAAUUUGACAAUAAUGAUUAUAUGAAAGUUGAACACAUAUCUAUACACAUUUGAUAUAAUAAUAAUAAUACAUCUCUUUGCAGUGUCCAUUAACAUAUUUAGUCCCCUUGAACUUUAGAUUAAAUCACAGACUCUUGUGUUAUACAGAUGUUUCAUCAGAAUCUCAGAAAGAAUAAGAUUCAGGUAUUGCUUUGAUGAAUAGGAACAAGUUUUAUAAAACAAAUUAAACAAACACAGCUGAGGCACUUCCUUUCCAAAGAAUUUGAUGUUAACAGACACAAUACAGAGCAAAAAGAAACACUUUCCAUAAAGAUCAUUACACAUUUAAGUCAUUAAAUGAAACAAACAUACAGCAAAACAAACGUAUCUAUCCAGGGGCCCGUUCUUCGUACGUCGCUUAUUACAUCCGAGAUCAAAUGACACAUCCGAGAUGAUAUCAUCCUGCUAAUCAUGAUCCGGCUAAUUGGGUUCUUCGAAAACACCUGCCGGAUAUGAUUAGUAUCACUGGAUUGAGUUACCUGAGAUAAUUGCGCGUUCAUGCGCUUGUUUAAAAGGGGAUAUGUAUCGAUAGUAGAAACGAUAGCAGAACAAGAGCUUUUAAUAGAAGGUUAUGCCGAAUUUGAAAAUUUAAUUAAAACACCAGGGAACACCUCAAAGUCUGCAAAAGCCAGGAGAGAGGGCUGGCAAAAAGUAGCAGACAAAUUAAAUGCGUAAGUGUUCCAUGUUAGAUGUUUCUAUCACUUUCUACUGUAUGUAUUUUUUUUUAUUUCAUAAACUUUGAUCUUUUAUGUCAGAGCCACCACGGGAGUCACUAGAUCAUGGGAACAAGUAAAAGUGAAGUACAAAAAUAUUCUACAAAAUGGUAUCCUUUACUUCUUAUACAGUCCUUAUUUUAAAAAGCCACUUUUUUCCUCUUAAAAGCCACUGUUAAAUGAUAUGUUUGUCUAUAACAGCCACCAAGAAAAAGGCUGAAAGAAAAAAAACAGGUGGUGGUCCUGCACCCCCACAAUAUACCCCAGCAGAAGAGCUGGCCCUUGGGUUGAAUUCAAACCGACCCAUUGUGGAGGGCAUCCCUGGGGGCAGCUCUUCCUUAGACCCAAAGCCAGGGACCAGUAGCAGCCACACCUUCAUUACUGUUUUAGAUAAUACACCAACACUUUUACCUGUUCCCAAGCAAGUGGUGGCUGAAGCAUAUGCAGACAGUGAAGAAACCCUCUCAGAUUGUCCUUUGGAAGAACCUUUGCAGGAGUCCGAACCUAGAGAAAAGCCUACAGAAAAGCAUCCAGAACAGUCUGCACAAAGAACUGCUGACACAGAGGGUGACAUCCGUAGCCUAUAUAAACGGCAUCUUAAACACAAAAUUGAGUAUUUUGAGUUGAAAAAAGAGAAAUUAAGAGGAGAAAUAGAACUCGACAACUUGAAGAAGAGAAAAAUUGCACUGGAGAUAGAGUUGCUUCAAAAGGACCUUCAGAGCAAAAGAUGACUCGCUGGCUUUUCUUUAUAAAGAAUAUUUUAAAUAAAACUCAAGGAACGAAG